UCUCCUCAUUAAGUAGAAGGCACUGCUCGCCAGGUAGGUAGCUGAGUAGCUGACUCGAUCGUCCUUUUUAGUUUGAGAACGUACUUCUUCGUCUUCCCUCCUCCAAGCAGGCCGGUCUCUAUUAUUCUUUGUGCCAUGGACACCGUUCUGUUCAUCAUCGGCAUCAUAGGAAACAUCAUCUCGGUUCUGGUCUUCGUUUCUCCCAUCACUACGUUCUGGAGGAUAGUGAAGAGCAAGUCGACGGAGGAGUUCGAGCCGGCGCCGUACGUGCUCACGCUCCUCAACACGCUGCUAUGGCUCUACUACGGCGUCACCAAGCCGGACGACCUCCUCGUCGCCACCGUCAACGGGUUCGGGGCCGUCAUGCAGACCAUAUACGUCGUGCUCUUCCUCGUCUACGCCGCCGACCAUGCUACAAGGGUUAAAACCGCGAAGUUGGUCGCAGUUUUGGACAUUGGUUUUUUUGGAAUCGUGUUCACAGCGACGACAUUUGCCAUCGAUGGGCUUGACAUGAAAAUCAUGAUUAUAGGAUUGAUAUGCGCAUGCCUUAGCGUGUUCAUGUACGGGUCCCCACUCACUGCCGUGAGAGCGGUGAUCGCCACAAGGAGCGUGAAGUACAUGCCGUUCUUCCUGUCCUUCUUCCUCUUCCUCAACGGAGCAGUCUGGGCUACGUAUGCUCUACUCGACAGAGACAUCUUCCUUGGCGUCCCAAAUGGAAUAGGCUGCCUCUUGGGCGGCAUCCAACUGGUUAUCUAUGCAAUCUACAUGAACAGUAGGGUCGUCGACUCUCAAAGCGGCGACGAAGCUGCUUCAACGUCUCUUCUGUCGUCCGUUUCCAGUAGACAUGGCCAGAACGAUCUAUCCAACAAUGUUUAGUAUUUGUGCAUAGUGCACAUAAUAAUUUCUUGUUUGUGUAAAUUGAUGUAAUUUGUCUUUCAUACUAUGUUAUACCAUGCAUAAGCAAAUAUCAUCGACAGGGUUGAAGCUCA